UCUCAUAGACAUCUUACACUUUCAGUCGCUCGACAAGAAACUGAAAGCUAUAUUUGAUACACGGUAAAUAUAUCAGAAUCAUAACGAUUCAUCAUAAUUUUCUAAAAGCUAUACUUUAUAACUUAUAAUACUGACAUAUUCACCGUAAUACAUAUACACUGAAAUUAUUGCUUACAAAAAUAUUUAAUCCUAAACAAUGGAGGUAAGUUUGGAGAAAUAAAUUUUGCUUUUACAAAAAUCUAAGUAGAAGAAUGGAGGAGUGUCUUGAAUAGAUUCUUGUGUUUGAUCUAUUGACACCCUCUCACUCUCACAUUAAACUCACAAGUGCUUCACUUGUCUCUAUCAAACUUUUAUUUAAUUCAUUUCCAAGUCAGUCUCCCACGUGCUCCCUCUCUCCCCUUUCACACCAUAACUUCAAUUCAAUCUACCCUUUUCUUCACUUUCAUUUUUCUCUUCUCUCAUUUUCUUCACUCCCCUUUCUCUCUAUAGCUACCAAAACCAUAAAGCAUAUCAUAAUAUCUCAUAACCCUUUUCACAAAACAAAAAGAACCUAUAAAGUACAUAACCAAAAGCACCAUAAUCAUUCAUUCAUUGAUUCAUAUAUCUACAAACUUCAUAAUCCAUCUUCAUGGAACCAAUGAAACAAGAAGAAGAUGGAUCAAUGCAACAAUAUUGCAUUAAUCAUCCUACAAAAAAAAACCCUGGUGGAAUAUGUGCUUUUUGUCUUCAAGAAAAACUUGGUAAACUUGUUUCUUCUUCUUUCCCUCUUCCUAUAACAACUCCUUCAUCUUCUUCUUCUCUUUCUUCUCCACCUUCUUCUUCACCUUCUUUCAGAUCUCAAACUCUUCCAUCUUCUUCAUCUUCUUCUUCUCUCUCUAUCCCUCCAUCUUCAUCUUCCAAACAUAACCAUCACAUGCGUUCUCGUCUUCCUUUUCUCAUACCAAAGAAAAAUCACAAAAAAACACCAUCUUUCAUCAACAUGAACAUGAACAUGAACAAUUCUGUAAAUGGUAGUUCUGAUAUUGUUUUCAAGCGUAGCAAAUCAACUACAACACCAAGAAGAACAAAGUUUCUAGAUGAUGAUGAUGAUGUUGCUGAAGGUGAUUUCAAUAUCAGAAAAAGAAACCGUUUUUGGUCUUUCUUAUAUCUUUCUUCAAAACCCUCUAACUCAUGCAACAAGAAAAUUGAAGGAAAUAGUAAUAAUAGUCCAAGAAUCUCAACUAUGAAGCCAAAGAUGUGUUCUUUAGGAAGAAACUGUGAAAGGGUAGUUGAAGAAGAUGAAGAAGAUGAAGAAGAUGAACAAGUUUCUGGUUCAAGUUCUGGUUCAGGUAAUUCUUUAGAACAAGAACAGAGAAAAGUUUCAAGAUCUAGAUCUGUUGGAUGUGGAAGUAGAAGUUUUUCUGGUGAUUUUUUUGAGAAAAUCUCAACUGGGUUUGGAGAUUGUACACUAAGAAGAGUUGAAUCACAACGUGAAGGUAAGGGUAAUAAGGUAAAUUCAUCAUCAACUGGAAAUGGAAAUAUUCAACAUUGUAUGAAAGAAAGAGUGAAGUGUGGUGGAAUAUUUAGUGGGUUUAUGAUGAUGAAUUCAUCUUCAUCUUCUGUUUCAUCUUCAUCUUAUUGGGUUUCUUCUUCUGAUGAUGGAAGAAGUAGAAGUAGUAGUUGGAGUUGGGCACUGGCUAGUCCAAUGAGAGCUUUUAGUAGUAAAAGCACUUCUAAGGAUAACAAAAGCACUUCUGAGAAAAGGAAUUCACCAAAUUUGUCAGCUGUUCCUUCAUUGCUUAUUGCUAGAGGAUAAACCUUGAUGUGGUACAUUAAUUAGAUUAUGUUUGGUAUCAUGUUGGGUAUGUCAUAAUCACCGGUGAUUUUCCAAAAGUGUGUAGUUUCUGCAAAAUUACGGUGAAUCACCGUAAUUCUGACAUAAUCAUCUACCAAACAUACACUUAGAAGGAUUAAAGAAAAGAACUACUUUCAUAGUGUUUCAGUUUGAUUAAUUUUAUACACAUUUGUAUGAUGUAUUAUUGUUCAUUACUUUGUCAAUUAGUUCUGUUAUGUGUUUAUUUUGUGGAUGGAUCAUAAUUUUCUUUCAUUAUUAAUGUAAUACUUUGAAGAGCAAACAAUUAUUUUGAUCA